AUGCAAGACCAAGGAAAGUAUAGCGUUGGAUACAGCUUCGUAAACUGGGGGAUCUACGAUCGCAAGUUCCCGCCGUCGCUCAUCCCUGUCCAAGAUUUGACGCCAUCCAGCCACAUUCUCUAUGCAUUCGCUGAUCUGAAAGCUGACACGGGCGAAGUUGUUCUCUCUGACCCAUGGGCCGACAAAGAUAUUCAUUACCCUGGGGAUUCUUGGAAUGAAAUCGGAAAUAACCUCUACGGGAAUUUCAAGGCCCUCUAUAAAUUGAAACAGCAAAAUAGACACUUGAAGGUCCUUCUCUCGAUCGGAGGUUGGACAUAUUCCACCAAGUUCCAUCCUAUCGUUGUCGAUCCUGCCCUUCGUGCCAACUUCGUACGGUCCGCAGUUCGUCUACUCGAGGAUUACGGUCUUGAUGGUCUCGACGUGGACUAUGAAUAUCCAUCCAAUGAGCACCAAGCUCGUGGCUAUACCGACCUCCUAAGGGAACUCAGAGUAGGCUUAGACCAGCAUGCUCAAAUGAAGGAAAUCGAUCAUAGAUUCUUGUUGACAAUUGCUGCUCCUUGCGGACCCGAUCACUAUCAAAAGUUACACGUCCGUGAAAUGGACCACUACCUCGAUUUUUGGAAUAUGAUGGCGUACGACUUCUCUGGUUCAUGGGAUUCUGUUGCGAAUCACCAAGCCAACAUCUAUGGUGGAGCUAUCAAUGCCUCACAGGCGAUUGAGUGGUACAGUGCGAACGGCGUCCCUCGCUCCAAGAUGGUCCUCGGGAUUCCGCUAUACGGUAGAAGCUUCUUGAACACGUCUGGUCCCGGAGCACCGUUUUCCGGCACUGGACCAGGCACCUGGGAGCAAGGUGUCUAUGACUACCGCGUUCUUCCACUCCCAGGCGCAGACGUGUUUGAAGACGAGAAUGCCCUGGCGAGCUGGUCUUACGACGAUCAGAAGCAAGAGAUAGUGAGCUUUGACGACGAGCAGGUCGGCCAGUGGAAGGGUGAUUGGAUCUGCCGUGAAGGUCUUCAAGGAAGCAUGUUCUGGGAGUUAAGCGGAGACAAAGGAAGCGAGCGAGAGGGAAUGGAAGGCGGGAUUGGAAAGGAUCCAGUGCCCGGGAGGAGCUUGGUUGAAGUCGUCAAGAACGCCAUGGGGCCAUUGGACUUGAGCCCUAACUGGCUGAGCUAUGAGGACAGUCAAUUCGACAACCUGAGCAGUGGUACCAUUUAG